AUGGGAAAGGAAGUUCGUUUUAAAUUCGGUACUAGUCAAAUAAAAAUUAGACGCUAUAGUUCCUAUUGCUAUUUUUUUCUUCUAUUAACCCUUCCGCUCGCACACACAGGAUAUGCUGCUGUAUUUCCCAAAGAGCCCCGAGACACGACCAUCAGAAACUGCUCCAUCACUCCUCCGUACAUUCCGCCCACUGUGAAAAAUUCCACUGAAGGUCUCGCCAGACUCCGGCAAGAGAUGAGGAACCGCAACAUCAGCGCCUACAUCAUCCCAUCGACCGACCCCCACCUGGGGGAAUACAUCGCAGACCGGGAAAAACGACGGCAGUGGAUGACCGGCUUCACUGGAUCUGCAGGUGAAGCGGUGGUCACUAUGACGAGAGCGGCCUUGUUCACCGACAGUCGGUAUUGGACGCAGGCCGAGCGCCAGAUGGACUGCAACUGGGAGCUGCAAAAAUCCGUGUCACCGUCUGCCAUGGUGUCCUGGAUUGUGGAAGAGGGGAACCCUGGAGAUGAGAUUGGCUUUGAUCCGUUCCUCUGGUCAAUCAAUGAAUGGGAGUCCUACAACAAUUUGUUUGAGGGAUCUGGGAGGAUUCCGCGAUCGAUAGCCGUCAAUCUGGUGGAUGUGGUGUGGGGGAGCCAGCGCCCCCCUCUGCCCGAUAAUGAAAUCUAUGCAAUCCCCGAGGAAUUCUUAGGGAACAGCUGGCAGGAAAAGGUCACCGCCAUUCGGAACCAGAUGGAAGUUCACGCCCAGAAGCCGAGCGCGCUCCUUCUCUCCGCUCUGGAGGAAACCGCGUGGCUUUUCAACCUCCGAGGACAGGACAUCCCGUACAACCCUUUCUUCUACUCCUACGCAAUGCUGACCAACCACUCCAUCAGAUUGUUUGUCAACACCAGCCGUGUCACAGGCGCCGUCCGCAACUAUCUGACUGCCAACUGCCCCGGGCCCAUGUGCGUCGAGAUCCUGGAGUACGAAACGGUCCGUGACACCCUCACAGACUACGUGAAGGGUGAUGUGAAAGUUUGGAUCGGAUCUCAGUACACCAAUUAUGGGGUGUAUGAAAUUAUACCCAAGGAUAAACUUCUAUCGGAGAGCUACUCCCCGAUCAUGAUAACAAAAUCUGUGAAAAAUGAGAAGGAGCAAAAAAUACUGAAGGAUUGUCAUAUCCGAGAUGCCGUGGCGGUCAUUGAGUAUUUGGUGUGGUUGGAAAAGAAGGUCCCCGCCAACGCCGUUACUGAACUGAGCGGCGCGCAUUAUGUGGAUGGACUCCGAACGAAGCAGGCACAUGCUAAAGGGCCGAGUUUUGAAACCAUUUCUGCCGGCGGUUUGAAUGCGGCUCUCGCACAUUACAGCGCAACAAAUGAGACCAACCGACAGCUGACCGUGAAUGAAAUGUACCUGGUGGACUCGGGAGGGCAGUACCUGGAUGGAACGACUGACAUUACCAGAACUGUCCACUGGGGGAAACCUACUGAUUUCGAAAAAGAAGCCUACACUCGGGUCCUGAUGGGGAACAUCGAACUCAGUAGACUUGUAUUCCCGCCACAAACGUCGGGAAGAGUGGUGGAAGCUUUUGCCAGACAUGCCCUAUGGGAGGCGGGAUUGAAUUAUGGACACGGAACGGGACAUGGAAUAGGAAACUUUUUUGCGGUUCACGAGUGGCCGGUGGGAUUUCAGUCCAGCAAUAUCGCUCUGACCAAAGGAAUGUUCUCAUCAAUCGAGCCGGGCUACUACCAUGAUGGAUAUUUCGGGAUUCGGAUUGAGGAUAUUGUGCUGGUGGUGGAGGCCGAUACCAAGCACAUGUUCGGAGGGCAGAAAUAUCUGACCUUUGAGACGGUGACAUUGGUGCCGUAUGAUCGAAAUCUGAUCGACGUCGAUAUUAUGACCGAGGCGCAGAUCCGCUACGUAGAUAAAUAUUACAAGAAGAUCAGAGAGGUGAUGCUGCCGGAGCUGCAGAGGCAGGGCCUCCAGGAGGAGUACAAGUGGCUGGAGAGGAACACGGAGCCCCUGUCCCCGGGGACAACCGUCGCCGUCUCUCUGGGUGUUCUGUCCGCAUCUCUCCUUGUCAGUCUGUUCCUCCAGUAGACGGGAGCCUGACACCGAUCACCGACGUCAUGACGCCCUUGCCACGCCGUACCAGGACUGGCUUAAGAUCCUAAAUGGCUACAAAAAAGAUAAACUAAUAAAAUGACUUUUUUUACGAUA